AUGGCUCCCGUAAAGAAGGAAAAGGCCGAGAUGAGUGCCUUCGAGCGCAUGCGUCUGGAAAAUAUGUCCGCGAACCAGGAGAUAUUGAAAGACAUGAGCGACAGCGCAGCAAAGCUCAUGCCCAAACCCGCCAGCCGCCCUAAAUCGAAACCCACAUCGGCCAGGAAAAAAGCCACCCCAAUAAAGCGCGAAGACGCUCGACCUACGCGUACGAGUUCUCGACUGGCGGGCGUGGAAGCAGACUCCGAGACCGCGAAGCGGAAAGCUGAAGUCGAGUUCGAGUUCGCAAAGGAGCAAGCGAAGGCGAAGAAGCAGCGCAUUUCGGGAGAUCUAAAUUUUAGUGAUAUUGUCGUUGAUGGUAAAAACUUUAGCAAAGAUGAGGGGUUUUUGCCUGGGAUUAUGAGAGGCGCGAAACCGAAUGUCAGGACAUUUACAGAGGAGGAUGUCAAGGAGACUACGGAUGAAGGAUUGAAGGCAUUGAGGGAGAAUAUGGGAGGACUGGAACUUUAUGAGGCGUUUGAGCCGAACCAGAUCAAGAUUACACCAGAGCGAGUAUAUUCACUGGGAUUUCACCCUUCGCAGGAGAAGCCACUUGUAUUUGCUGGUGACAAGAUGGGGAACGUGGGAAUCUUCGAUGCUUCUCAAACACCGCCAGAAGUCAAAGACGAAGACGACGAGGAGGAAGUCGAUGAUUCCGAGCCAGCGAUUACUGCUUUGAAGCUUCAUUCGAGAACAAUUACAUCCUUUGUAUUUCCACCAGAUGGAAACCACGUAUAUUCAGCAUCUUACGACUCGUCUGUCCGCAAGUUUGAUCUCCAGAAAGGCGUUGCAGUCGAAGUUUUCGCGCCUGAAAAUCCCAAUGAGGACUUGCCCAUUUCGAGUAUCGCCAUCCCGUACACAGAUCCCAAUAUCUUGAUCUUUUCUACAUUAGAAGGAUCUGUUGGUCGGCAUGAUAUGCGAACCCCCAACAGCACUGAGAUAUGGCAGCUUACCGAGAAGAAAAUUGGUGGAUUUUCUUGUCACCCUUUGCAUCCACAUCUCCUAGCAACUGGCUCUUUGGACCGGACCUUAAAAAUCUGGGAUCUACGGAACAUCAAAGGAAAAGGAGAUGAUAAGGUACCUAGCUUGGUGGGAGAACAUGAAUCACGGUUAUCUAUCUCGCAUGCGUCAUGGUCAGCUGGCGGUCACGUAGCAACUUCAUCGUACGAUGAUACCAUAAAGAUUCAUUCUUUCACUGAUGCUGGAUCGUGGAAGGUCGGCCAUGACCUGGAUGCUGAUGCAAUGGAGCCUACAGCAACAAUCAGACACAACAAUCAGACAGGUCGUUGGGUUACAAUUUUGAAACCACAGUGGCAGGAGAGACCGGAGGAUGGCAUCCAGAAGUUUGCUAUUGGGAAUAUGAAUCGAUUUGUCGAUUUAUUCAGCGCAGAUGGAGAACAGCUGGCACAGCUGGGCGGCGACGGGAUCACUGCUGUUCCGGCUGUGGCACACUUUCAUCCGACGAAAGACUGGGUUGCAGGAGGUACUGCUAGCGGAAAGUUAUGUUUAUGGAUGUAA